UCUCUCUCUUGAACUUCAGAAAGUUAAGAGAGAAAAAGAAUGGCAGUGUCCACAGUGUACACAGUCCAAGCUCUCAACUCAUCAUGUUCAAUCUCAACACCCACCAAAACCCACUUAGGAAUUCAGCAAAGACAAGUGUUGUUCUACAGCAAUGCUGGUAAAAAGACCAAUAAGGGAAGAGUGAGAGGUGGUGAGAUUAGAUGUGCAGGGGAUACAAUAGUAAUUGGACUAGCAGCAGACUCAGGGUGUGGGAAGAGUACCUUCAUGAGGAGGUUGACUAGUGUGUUUGGAGGUGCAGCAGAGCCACCAAGGGGAGGCAAUCCAGAUUCAAACACACUCAUAAGUGACACAACAACAGUGAUCUGUUUGGAUGAUUACCAUUCAUUGGAUAGAACAGGAAGGAAAGUGGAGGGGGUAACAGCUCUUGAUCCAAGAGCCAACAAUUUUGAUCUGAUGUAUGAACAGGUUAAGGCUCUUAAAGAUGGUAUUGCUGUGGACAAGCCUAUCUAUAACCAUGUUAGUGGUCUUUUGGACCCUCCUGAGCUCAUCAAGCCCCCUAAGAUCCUUGUCAUUGAAGGUUUGCACCCAAUGUAUGAUCAGAGAGUAAGAGACCUCUUGGACUUCAGUAUCUACUUGGAUAUCAGCAACGAUGUUAAAUUUGCCUGGAAAAUUCAGAGAGACAUGGCAGAAAGAGGACACAGCCUUGAAAGUAUCAAAGCUAGUAUUGAGGCCAGGAAGCCAGAUUUUGAUGCUUAUAUUGACCCACAAAAGCAGUACGCAGAUGCAGUUAUAGAAGUGCUGCCUACACAGCUGAUUCCAGGCGACAAUGAGGGGAAGGUUUUGAGAGUGAAGCUGAUAAUGAAAGAGGGAGUGAAAUACUUCAGCCCAGUUUACUUGUUUGAUGAAGGCUCCAGCAUCUCAUGGAUCCCAUGUGGGAGGAAGCUCACCUGUUCUUACCCUGGUAUCAAAUUUGCCUAUGGCCCUGAUUCUUACUUUGGCAAUGAGGUCUCUGUGUUGGAGAUGGAUGGGCAAUUUGAUAGACUGGAUGAGCUCAUCUAUGUUGAGAGCCAUUUGAGUAACAUCUCCACCAAAUUCUACGGAGAAAUCACCCAACAAAUGUUGAAGCAUGCCGACUUCCCUGGAAGCAACAAUGGCACUGGUCUCUUCCAAACCAUUGCAGGUUUGAAAAUCCGAGACCUCUUUGAACAAAUCACAGCCAGCAAGGCUUCAGCUCCAUUGGAAGCUACAAAAGCUUAAAGUAAAGAAACAAGAAGUGGUUUAACAUGGAGCAAAAAAAGUCCCUUGAUUUUUCUUCCCUCUACAACCUCUUGUCAUGUAAAAUUCCGAGUGUUAGGCUUUUAUCGCGAGUUUCAUGAGAGUUACACUCCCAUAUGUAUUUAGUUCCAUUCGUCUAUUCCAUGGAGAUAUGUAAUAUAGAGAAUCAAAUUCUUAACUGAAGUCUUGAGAAGAUCAAAGAACUUAUUAUUAAGAUUAUCUGCAUAUACCAAAAAUAUAAGUGCAGGCAGCAAAGUUAUACUA